GUCUACCAAAGGUGUAUAUUUUGUGCAUUAUAGCACACACUGCCAUCAUUUUGACAUGUCCAUCUUGAUGUGCCAAUCUUGUAGAAAAAGUCAGAGUUGCACAAGUUUAGUUCAGCUGUUGAAUAACUCUUUUUAUGGUCCAAAGUCUCAUCUAUCCUCAUAAACCUGAGAGAACUUAUCUAGCUUUAUCAUUAUUUCCCCUGACAGGUCUCCUCAUGCCUAUCUGAUAAUGACUUGUCUUCAUUCAGUCGAUUUGGGAUGAUCAAAGUCUCAAUAACAAACCCACACACCUGCUCGAGCUUUAAAUGUUUUGGACCGUUACCAACACCAACAGGUAGUCAGCUUUUGUUGAUACAAACACAACAGGCUCCGCAGCAGACUGUUUGUGUAUCAGGUUCCAGGUCUUCUUCACCUCCAGGAGCCAUAACCUUUGGUCAAGUUUGUUGGUGGAUCUUUAACUGGUCAACACAACCUCAGGGUUGCGCAAGUCUGUAAAGCUCUGGACGUCAGGCGUGAGCACAGGGGAAGUCAGUAUACAUUCACACAAGUCACCUAUAGGUGAGCAAAAGUCAAGCACCUGCGCCGGGUGAAGGUUGAUCCAGGUCUGUCCUGCACCUGACGACUACUGUCAAUCAGCUCCAUCUCAGAACAAGCAAAUACAAGAUGAGUGAACAAGAGGAUUCGGUUAAAAGCAAUGGUGGUGUUGCAGUCCUGGAUGUUACAGAUGAGAGCAUCUCGACCCAAAAGGAACAGACUCUGUCAGACUCCACAAACUUAAACAACCACUCCCCUGUUAUCCUCAAUGGCCACGCAACUAAAGCUGAGCUCAGCUCAACGUCUGAGCUGGAGGAAGCCACUGACAGACUUUCACUAGAAGAGCCCAAGGCGGUCCCCCUGCAGGCGUCAAACGCGCUGGCACCUCUUGCACCAGCUGAUGAGCUAUGGAGCAGCAGCAGAGACAAGGCAGUCAGGCUGAGGAUGGAGGGCUCGGGUCCAGCCUCGGAGACUCCAGUGACAGUCCAUCAGCGGUUCCUGGAGACGGUGGAGAAAUAUGGGGAUCAUCCAGCCUUGGCUUUCAAGAAAGAGGGUCACUGGGUGAAGGUGUCAUGGAGGCAGUACUAUGAGCAGUGCCGGGCAGCAGCUAAAAGCUUCCUUAAGUUGGGGCUGGAGCGUUACCGUGGUGUGGGGAUUCUGGGAUUUAACUCCCCCGAGUGGUUCAUCGCAGACAUCGGCUGCAUCUUUGCCGGGGGUCUGGCAACCGGAAUUUACACCACCAACUCACCUGAAGCUUGUCGCUAUGUGGCUGACAGCUGUGAGGCCAACGUCAUGGUGGUGGAGGACAAGAAACAGCUUGACAAAAUCCUGCAGAUUAAAGAUCAGCUACCUCAUCUGAAAGCCAUCGUCCAGUACAAGGGCGAGCCACACCAGAAAGCACCGUUCCUGUAUUCAUGGGCAGAGUUCAUGAAGCUGGGAGAGGACAUCCCGGAUGCAGAGCUGAAUGCUGUGAUUGACAGUCUUCGGGCCAACGAGUGCUGCACUCUCAUCUACACCUCUGGAACCACUGGCAACCCUAAAGGAGUCAUGUUGAGCCAUGACAACCUGACAUGGACGAGCCGUACUGCAGCUACUUAUGUAGAUAUCAGGUACGCUGAGGAGGUGGUGGUCAGUUACCUGCCGCUCAGUCACGUGGCGGCCCAGCUCUGCGACAUGUGGAUGGGCGUUAGUUAUGGCAUUACCACCUACUUUGCAGAACCAGACGCCCUCAAGGGCUCCUUAGUAAACACAAUGAAAGAGGCUCGUCCAACUUGUUUUAUGGGGGUUCCUCGUGUGUGGGAGAAGAUGCAGGACAAGAUGAAAGCUAUGGCUGCAAAGGCAUCCCCAAUGAAGAGAUCAGUGGGGGACUGGGCCAAGUCCAUAGGCCUGCAGUACAACUACAGUGUCAUGAACGGGGAGAAUCAGGUGCCGUGGGGCUUCAUGCUGGCCAAUAAUCUGGUCUUCAAGAAGGUCCGUGCUGCGUUGGGUUUAGACCGCUGCAAGUUCUGCUUCACAGGAGCUGCCCCCAUCACCAAAGACACUCUGGAGUACUUCAUGAGCCUGAACAUCCCUUUGCUGGAGCUAUACGGCAUGAGUGAAAGCACCGGCCCUCAUACCAUCUCCCAAAAUGACAAUUACCGCAUCACAAGCUGUGGAAAGUUGAUGGCAGGCUGCAAGACAAAGCUGGAGAACCCAGAUGAGCACGGGAGUGGAGAGAUUUGUUUCUGGGGUCGGCACGUCUUCAUGGGCUACCUGAACAUGCCGGAAAAAACAGCGGAGGCUCUCGACCAGGACGGCUGGCUGCACUCUGGAGAUCUGGGAAGACAUGACCAGAAUGACUUUCUGUACAUCACAGGAAGGAUCAAGGAACUGAUCAUCACCGCCGGUGGAGAGAACAUCCCUCCUGUGCCCAUCGAGGACGCAGUGAAGGCCGAGGUGCCCAUCAUCAGCAAUGCCAUGCUGCUCGGAGACAAACUCAAGUUCCUCUCCAUGUUCCUCACUCUCAAAUGUGUCGUGGAUGACAAUGGCGAGCCCACAGACGAGCUGAGCCCCGAGGCUUUGAGCUUCUGCCAGCAGCACAAUGUCAAGGCGACCACGGUGUCAGAGAUCAUAGCCAAUAAGGAGCCAGCUAUCUACAAAGCCAUCCAGGAGGGCAUGGAACGCGUUAAUGCCAGAGCAACGUCCAACGCCCAGAAGGUCCAGAAGUGGGUCAUACUGGAGCGAGACUUCUCCGUCAGCGGAGGAGAACUGGGACCCACCAUGAAACUGAGGCGACCCAUUGUUGUGAAGAUGUACCAGGAGAAAAUAGACACACUGUAUGCAGAGGCAACAAAAAAACAAUAGACUGCUCUGCAAAGAGAUGAGACAAUACUGAAGAGAGGUUUGAGGCAUGUUUACGUGCUCAGACAUCAUACAGAGAAAUUUUUAAGUUUAAUGCGUAACCCUUCAUCUAUGGUCCGAUUGGGUCUGAAAACUUAGAUUUAAAGAAAUAUAAUGAUGCGCUUUAUUUCUCUAUCUCCAAUCUUUUUUUCACCUGAAUAUUAAAAGUGUAAAAGAGAUUUAUAAUUUAAUGGGAAAAAAUCUUUGUUCCUAAAUGUGUUGUAUUUAAUGGAAUAGAAGUUUGUGCUGCUAUGUUUUGAUAUGUUUCUGUUGACUGUUCCAAGUUGAUAUUUUAGCUGAAUUGAAUGUACAUACGGUUUCACAGCAGCUGUGCACAUUUUGUAAAUAAAACAAAUCAGAGCCAAAAUCCUGCCAUUUACUAUAUGGCAUAUACAGGUGAAUUAUACACUAUCAAACUGGUGUAAGUAAUCAUUUUUACAGUUUAUGAAGGAAAUUUUGUGAAUCCACUGUGGCCGAAAAGAUGAAACCCUCUUGUAUUGGUCAUGAGCAUGCCGGUAUGUAUUUUUUUUUUUUUUUUUUUUUGAGGCAGCAAUAUCUACUUAAAGAUUUUACAGAAUUAAUUGCCAGUUUCUAGUCUUGCAUUGUGAGAUAAUCCUCAUCUGGCAAAGCUGCAGACAUUCCCUCUUAAAGACUGGAGGUGAUGUCUGAAUAAGUAUUUUUAUAAUAACAAUAUCAGUUGUUUAGUAAUCUCUCUAAUCACAGGUGCAAAUUGUAAAGCUUAUAUUUUUAAUUUAUGCUUCUCCAUGUACAGUUUGACAAAUAUUGAAAUGGUUAUUUUCUGAUAGAUGUUCCAUGACUGUCAAUAAAAAGUGAGUGAUUUGUCAAAA